AUGUCAGAGGACAGCUUCGAAAGCAUUCCCGAAGUGAAGCUCGACAAUGGACGUUUCAAAUACGUUCUCAUCAAAGUGCACGACAAGAACGACCCUAACCGGAGCAAGCUGAUUGUGCGUGGAUCCGCAUCGGCCACUUACCACGCGGAUAUCUACGAAAGAGAGAUGAGCAAGAUAGAAUCCAUCUGCGGAUUGGAGACGGAGUGCUUGGGUGGUGGAAGGAUUAUCCACAAUCCUGACUGCGCCGAGAUCAAAGUGUUCGGGUACUCUCAGGGAUACGGCCAGGCAGACCACAGCAAGGCCGUGGAAGUACUGAAGCGCAACUUUCCGGAAUACAAGUCCAUUACGUGGUCGAACGAUGGAUACUAA